AUGGAUAUCAACCCUUCUAAGUUCACAAACCACACUUCAGACCUUGAAAUGUCCAUGGAAAACCAAAUCUUCCAUGACCAAAUUCCUUUCAACUCAUAUUGUCCUGCAGGUUACUCUCUCCAAACACACCAAACACCUUCUUCUUCUUCUACUACUCCCAUCCCCAUCUCAACCUUUCUUGUUGACCACAUAGGCAUAGGAAACUAUAACAUGGAGGAAGUGGAAGGGCCAGAAGAAGAGCUAGUAGCCAUGAAAGAAAUGAUGUACAAAAUCGCAGCUAUGCAGCCUGUAGAUAUAGAUCCAGCAACAAUUCGCAAGCCCAAAAGACGAAACGUAAGGAUAAGUGAUGACCCCCAGAGCGUGGCAGCACGUCAUAGGAGAGAAAGAAUAAGCGAAAAGAUGAGAAUUUUGCAAAGACUUGUUCCUGGAGGAACAAAAAUGGACACUGCCUCCAUGCUAGAUGAAGCUAUUCUUUAUGUCAAGUUCUUGAAAAGACAGAUUCGCUUACUCCAAUCUAAUCAAAACCCACCAUGCAUUGGAGGCUGGAAACCUCUUGUUUCCACCACAUCGUCCACCCUUGAGUCUCCGGCACCAGCAGGCCCUGGAAACGCUUUUCUCAGUAAUGGUGGUGACCCUGCAGCUAUGUGCUUCAAUCAUGAGGUAAUAAGUGAUUAGAGGGUAAUUAUUAAGUGUUAAUUAUUGUUGAAAUUGUGUAAAUGAUUUAAGAAGGUGUCAUGUGUGAGAAAAAGUUGUUAGGAUAUUGUUGACUAUAAUGGUCUGUGGAAUAAUAAUCAUAACGGUUGGCUCCAGUUACGUACAACCAUAUACAUAUAUUAUAUAAUAAGGCCCAUGGAUGGUGAGGGUUGGCCGGAAAGUUUGUUUGGCCGACUCUCUUCCGGAAAUAAAACAGUGACGUGAGAAAACUUUUUCAA